GGCACCGGCGGCGACGGCCAUGUGCUGCCCGCUGCCACCACGCGCGCGGCGAUGCUUGUCCGCGUCAACACCCUGCUCCAAGGCUACUCCGGCAUCCGCUUCGAGAUCCUCGAGACCAUCGCCACGCUGCUCAAUGCCAACGUGACACCGUGCCUGCCGCUCCGGGGCACCAUCACCGCUUCUGGCGAUCUCGUCCCGCUCUCCUACAUCGCGGGACUUGUCACCGGCCGCUCGAAUGCCGUGGCCGUGGCUCCUGAUGGCACUAAGGUUAAUGCCGCCGAGGCAUUUAAGAUUGCGGGCAUCCAGCACGGCUUCUUCGAGCUGCAACCCAAGGAAGGCCUUGCUAUGGUUAAUGGCACGGCGGUGGGCUCCGGGCUCGCGUCCAUAGUUCUCUUUGAAGCGAAUGUUCUUGGUGUGCUUGCCGAAGUUUUGUCGGCGGUGUUCUGCGAAGUGAUGAACGGCAAGCCAGAGUACACUGACCACCUGACACACAAGUUGAAGCACCAUCCUGGACAGAUCGAGGCCGCGGCCAUCAUGGAGCACAUCCUGGAGGGCAGCUCCUACAUGAUGCUCGCGAAGAAGCUUGGCGAGCUCGACCCAUUGAUGAAGCCAAAGCAAGACAGAUAUGCUCUCCGCACAUCGCCGCAAUGGCUUGGAUAUGCUCUCCGCACAUCGCCGCAAUGGCUUGGGCCACAAAUUGAGGUCAUCCGUGCAGCGACGAAGUCAAUCGAGCGCGAGAUCAACUCUGUCAAUGACAACCCACUUAUUGACGUAUCUCGUGGAAAGGCAAUCCACGGUGGAAACUUUCAGGGCACGCCCAUCGGUGUGUCCAUGGACAACACGAGGCUUGCCAUUGCUGCGAUUGGCAAGCUCAUGUUUGCCCAGUUCUCAGAGCUAGUAAACGACUUCUACAACAAUGGCUUGCCCUCCAACCUCUCUGGUGGCCGCAACCCAAGUCUUGACUAUGGCUUCAAGGGUGCCGAGAUCGCAAUGGCGUCAUACUGCUCGGAGCUCCAAUUCUUGGGCAACCCUGUGACCAACCAUGUCCAGAGUGCGGAACAGCACAACCAAGAUGUUAACUCCCUCGGAUUAAUCUCAGCCCGUAAGACUGCCGAGGCCAUCGACAUUCUGAAGCUCAUGUCCUCUACAUUUUUGGUUGCACUGUGCCAAGCCAUCGACCUGCGCCACCUCGAGGAGAAUGUCAAGAACGCAGUCAAGGAUUGUGUCACAAGAGUGGUCAGGAAGACCCUGAUCACAAAUGACAUGGGUGGCCUCCACAACGCGCGCUUUUGUGAGAAGGACCUACUUCAAACAAUCGACCGCGAGGCGGUGUUUGCAUACGCGGACGACCCUUGCAGCGCCAACUAUCCUCUCAUGAAGAAGAUGCGAGCAGUGUUGGUGGAGCACGCCUUGGCCAACGGUGAUGCUGAGCGCAACGCGGAAACCUCGGUGUUUGCCAAGGUUGCCAAAUUCGAGCAGGAGCUUUGUGCGACACUACCUCAGGAAGUUGAGGCUGCCAGAGGUGCAGUGGAGAAUGGCACCGCCGCAGAGCCGAACCGCAUCGUUGACUGCCGGUCAUACCCUCUAUACCGGUUCGUUCGCAAGGAGCUGGGAACGGUGUACUUGACCGGAGAGAAGACACGGUCCCCCGGGGAGGAGGUGGACAAGGUGUUUGUUGCUAUGAACCAGGGUAAGCACAUCGACGCGCUGCUGGAGUGCCUCAAGGAGUGGAACGGCGAGCCCCUGCCUCUCUGCUAAUCAUGGAGAUGAAGAGAAGAUGCUGUGCUUCAGGAUUCUGAAGGCUCCCCUUGUUCUGAACUGAUAAUGCUACUGUUGUUUGAUUUGGUUCUUUCUUUGUUUUUCCCCUCUUCUAAAACGUUGGUGCAUGCAACGUUCUUCCGGAGCUAGAGGCCAUUGCCAAAGAUUGCACUCUGCAAUACUUGUAGCGCAGCAACUAGAGCUUGUGCCAAUGUAAGCGAAAGGGCACAAAUUUUCAUGUCAAAUGUUGAUGUUCUGCUACUGAAUCAACACGUUCAGACUUACUGCA